GUAAAGUGCGUAUCCGGAGGGGCAAUUCGUGUUGGAGCGCGGCAGAGUUCGCUGCGGCACACGAUUGAAAGACGGACUCGGCUCGCCGUUUUGUGUAACGACGUUUCAUUUGUGGAUAUAUUUUAUUAAAUAUUGAACAUAAGGGAAAACACACAAAAUGUUGGAGAUUGAAACAAAAGAUGCAGAGUGUCAAAAAAUUAACGAGGAUCCAUUGACAAAAGCUAUAGGUGCUAUUGGAAAAUGGCAAAUAUGGAUAUGUUUUGUAGUGUUCCUCGUUAAAUUUCCAGUGGCUUGGCAUCAGAUGAGCAUCAUAUUUCUUGCACCUCCAGUAAAUUUUACUUGUGCUUCUGAACAAAGCAAUGAAGCCUUUAUCAAUGUGUGCAACGCCAGCUGUACGGGUUACGAAUACGACCGAAGUAUCUUUAAAGAAACGAUUGUAUCACAAUGGGAUUUAGUAUGCGACAGACAAUGGCUGAAAAAUCUUACCCAAACAGUAUUCAUGCUUGGAAUUCUAGUAGGCAACAUGGUCUUCGGCCAUCUUUCUGAUAGGUUCGGGAGACGCAUACCAUUCCUAAUAGCUGUAUUUUUGCAACUCAUAAGUGGAGUGACAACAGCAUAUUCCAUUAACUGGUACAUGUUUACGACACUUCGUUUCCUUCUUGCUGUUGCUACUGGAGGCACCAUGGUCACAAGUUUCGUACUCACCAUGGAGUUGAUAGGAGCUAAAUACAGAGAAUCUAUAGGAAUUAUCUACCAAAUACCAUUUAACUUAGGUCACCUGACAUUACCGUUAUUUGGAUAUUAUAUACGUGACUGGAGCACUUUCCAAUUGGCUAUAUCGUUGCCUUCUGUCAUUUUUCUGAGCUACUACUAUUUGCUACCUGAGUCACCAAGAUGGCUUUUAACUGCAUCAAAAACCGAAGAAGCUGUUAAAAUUAUGGAGGUUGCUGCAAAGAGAAAUGGUCUUCCUACAGAAGGUAUUGCUUCAUCUAUACAAAAGAUGGCAGUCGAAGUAAGCAAUAAGCAGGAAGAGCAUGCAUCUUUUCUGGCACUUUUUCGAACGCCACGACUUCGAGCAAGAACAAUCGCUAUUUGCUUCAAUUGGUUCGUCUGCGGACUCUGCUUUUUUGGUGUCUCGCAGUACAUUGGACAUGUCUCUGGAAACAUUUUUACUAAUGUUGCUAUUUCUGCAGCAAUACAGGUUCCCGGAACUUUAAUAUCUAUUUACGCUAAUAGAGUUCUUGGACGCAAGAUGACGCUCAUCAGUGCUAAUUGCGUUACUGGUUUGAGUUGUCUUCUCAUCGUCUUUAUCCCACAUUCUGGAGCAAGCCAUCUAACAUUAGGCUGCAUUGGUUUGUGGGGCAUGAGUAUAUCAUUUGCCACAGUUUACUUGUACGCAGGUGAACUUUUCCCUACUGUGGUGAGAAACUCUGGUGUCGGUUUAUCUUCAACAGUUGCCAGAAUUGGAUCCAUGGUAGCUCCUUUCGUAGCUACUCUUUCUCACAAGAGCCCAUGGUUACCACCAAUAGUCUUUGGCGUAGUUCCUUUAGUUGGAGCUGGUCUUUGUAUAAUAUUACCUGAUACUCGUGGAAGAAAACUGCCUGAUACGUUAGAAGAAGGUGAAACAUAAAUGAUUAGAUCUCGUACAUUAAACUAGCUGAGGCUAAUUUUAAUACCUAUUGAAGAUAGUUUAAAAAUAAUAAAGUAUUCUUGUGUGCCUUAUUUAGUGUAUAUCUGUAUGUUGAUUGAUCAUAAUUUAUUAAUAAUAUAGAUAUAGGUACCUACUUCGAAACCAAUUCAUAUUAUAAGAUCACCGGUUUCCUCGUUUGUAUAUUAUAAGGAAAUAUUUUAAUAGACUAUUGUAUAUUUAUUUAAGUAGGCUGUGAUAAUUAAGAAAGUAAAGAUAUUUUUAUUGGAA